AUGAGGGUUACUCUCGGUCUCGCUGCGCUCGCCGUUGGUGCUGCAGCCGUCCCUACGGCGGAAAUCAGGCAACGCCAGGAUGGUCACAAUGCCAAGCCAUGCCCCAAGAAGCCUCUGGUCACGAAGGCAGCUCUCCAGAAGGACAUCACCAUCAAGAAGUUGAUGAGGGGUGCUCAGCAGCUUGAGGACUUUGCCUACAGCUACCCAGCCCGUAACAGGAUCAUGGGAGGAGAGGCUCACAAUGACACCGUCAACUGGCUGAAGAACGAGCUCGAGUCUACUUCAUACUACGAUGUCACGCUCCAGCCUUUCUCCAACUAUGUCAUGCUGAACGGCACGCUCAACAAGUUCACCAUCGACGGACGUAUGAUCAACUCCACGAUUCUUGAGUACUCAGCCUCUACCGAUGGGCUCGUCACCGCACCCAUCGUUCCCGUCAACAACCUCGGUUGCGAGGCGUCUGACUUUCCCGCGGAAGUAUCCGGCAGCAUCGCACUCAUCUCGCGCGGUGAAUGUGAGUUUGGACUGAAGUCUGCUCUUGCUGGAAGCGCUGGCGCCGUAGCUGCUAUCAUCUACAACAACGUUGCUGGCACUAUCAGCGCAACUCUUGGCCCCCCUCCCCGCCCGGAGGGUGACUACGUUGCGAGUGUUACUCUGUCUCAGGCAGAGGGCCAGGCAAUCAUUUCCAAGGUCGCAGGCGGUGCUACUGUCACCGGCGAGUUGGACGUUUUGACCGACGUCCAAAUCAUCACCACGAACAACGUCCUUGCUACCAGCAAGUGCGGUGACAAGGACAACCAGCUUUGGCUUGGUGCUCACACUGACUCUGUUGGUGCUGGCCCUGGAAUCAACGACGAUGGCUCGGGAACCGUUGCCAUCCUGAACGUCGCUAAGUCGCUUGCUAAGUACAACGUCAAGAACGCUGUUAGCUUCGGCUUCUGGUCUGGCGAGGAGUCCGGUCUUCUCGGCUCCACCUUCUUCGUCGAGAGCCUCUCUCCUGCGGCAGCUCUUGACAUUCGCGCAUACCUCAACUUCGACAUGAUUGCGUCUCCAAACUACGUCCACCAGAUCUACGACGGUGACGGCAGCGCAUACGGUCUGAGUGGACCCGCUGGAAGCGACCAGAUUGAGACUUUCUUCGAGGGUUACUUCAAGGAUCUCAACAUCUCCAGCAACGCUACCGAGUUCAACGGCCGUUCCGACUACGGUCCUUUCCUUGACGCCAACAUCCCCGCAGGUGGUACCACCACUGGUGCUGAUGAGGUCAAGACCGUCGAGGAGCAGGCUAUCUGGGGUGGAGUCGCAGGAGAGAUCCUUGACCAGAACUACCACCAGGCUGCCGACAAUGUCACCAACCUCAACGAGGGAGCUUGGCUCCUACACUCUCGCGGUAUUGCUGCCGCGGUUGCCAACUACGCUCUCUCAUGGGAGGGUUUCCCAGCCCGGGUGCCCGUCAACGGCACCGCGAAGAGGAGCGUCCGUGAGCCUCACGUUCACAGGGGCGUCAAGGGCGCGAAGGUCACUUUGAGCCUGUUGUAA